AGAGGUAGAGAGAGAGACACGUUCAAAGUUGUAGUGAAGAAAAAGAGAAUAAUAACCCAAAAAAUAAAAAAUAAAAAUAAAAAAACGAUCAGAUUAUUUUCUCUUACUACCCUCCGAUGCUCCAUCGUUUGCCGUAUCUUUGAUUUCCCCAAAUCGAUAACUUAUUCGUUCAAUUCGAGAAGCUUCUGGUUGUUAUUCUGUUGUGAAGUUGGAAACAAUGGCUACUGUUGUUGCGAAAACGAGUCAUGUGUCGCCGGUUAUGACAGUUCAAGAGAAGGGGAGUAGGAAUAAGAGGAAAUUUAGAGCUGAUCCGUCGCCGCCAAUCGGUUCGCAGAAAAUGGUUUCGACUUCGCAGGCUGAAUGCUUUAGUUACGAGUUUUCUGCUGAGAAGUUCGAGUGUCAUGGGCAGGAUAACGCGUGUGAUAUGUGUAGUUUUGGUCUUGAAAAUACGGAUUCUGUAAAACUGGAUUUAGGGUUGUCUUGUGCGGACUUUGGGGCUAAUCGGAAUAGAGUUGAGUUGGAUGCAAAUGACGGGUUUCAUGACGCUGAUUGGAGUGAUCUUACGGAAUCCGAGCUGGAAGAGCUUGUGUUAGUUAACUUGGACACGAUGUUCAAGAGCGCGGUUAAGAAAAUUGUGGCAUGUGGUUAUACGGAAGAAGUUGCGAUAAAGGGUAUUCUCCGGUCUGGUCUUUGUUGUGGUUGUCAGGACAUUGUAUCGAGUAUGGUUGAGAACACGUUGAUUUUUCUUAAAAAUGGGCAAGACGUCGAUCCAUGGAAGGAACAUCAGUUUGAAAAUCUAGAGCAAAUGGAGAAGUAUUUACUAGCGGAACUCGUUUGCGUUGUUCGUGAAAUUCGACCUUCGUUCAGCACAGGGGAUGCAAUGUGGUGUUUGUUAAUAUCCGACAUGAAUGUCUCUCAAGCGUGUGGAGUGGACGGUGAUGAAUUAUGUACUUUAUCCGGUGACGGAUCUUCUAAUUCGGUUGAGACCCGUGUAAGUGUUCAAAGUCCAUGUAAAGUAAAUCAUAGUGUGCAUGACUGUACGUCGGACCCGCCAGCAAAGACGGAAGUUCGUUCAAAACCAAAAUCUUCGUUUGUUUUGGAUGGAUUUGCGUCACAGAAAGGGGAUAAAAACUCGAGUACUCGAAUGACAACUAGAUCGUUCAGCCUUUCAUCCCAUGAAGAAAAACCAAUAGGAAGUAGAAAAAUUAACGGCAUUAGUAAGAGAGAUUAUUUACUGAGACAAAAAUCCGUUCAGUUGGAGAAAAGCUACCGUACGCAUGGAUUGAAAGGCGUUUCUAGAUCUGGAAAACUCGGUAACAUCGGUGGCUUAAUCUUGGAUAAGAAACUGAAAUCCGUGUCGGAAUCUACAUCUAUCAGCCUUAAAAACGCUUCGUUGAAGAUUAACGAUAUAAACAAUAACAGCGCGAUCACACCUCCUGCAUUAUCCGUAGCCGAAACCGAGUUAUCUCUUUCCCUUCCUGUAAAACGCAACAAUCCUCCACCACCCGAGGCCCCCGCCCUUAGUUUUUCCGCCAUGCGUUAUGACAAAUCGUUUGGGCGGUGGACCCCACAAGAUAAAAAAGAGGAAACAAUUUCAAAGCUUGCGCCACGUGUACACGAUCUUCAAAACCAGUUACAGUUAUGGACGGAAUGGGCGAAUCAGAAGGUAAUGCAAGCGGCACGUAGGCUCGGUAAAGACAAAGCCGAGCUUAAAACGCUUCGACAAGAGAAAGAUGAAGUAGAUCGGUUAAAGAGAGAGAAACAGGCGUUGGAGGACAACACGAUGAAGAAGUUAUCGGAAAUGGAGAAUGCUUUGAUGAAGGCGAGUAAUCAGGUGGGACGCGCAGACGCUGCGGUGCGGAGACUGGAGGUGGAGAACGCUAAUUUGAGGUUGAAGAUGGAGGCUGCGAAUUUACAAGCCGCUGAGUCAGCUGCCAGCUGUGAAGAGGUGUCAAAGCGAGAGAAACGGACGUUGAUGCAGUUACAGUUUUGGGAGAAGCAGAAAACGUUGUUUCAGGAAGAGCUUAUAACCGAGCGACGUAAGUUAACUCAGCUGAAAGAAGAUCUUGAACAGGCGAAAGAACAAAGAGAUCAACUCGAGACGAAAUGGAAACAGGAAGAGAAAGCGAAACAAGAAUUGAUUAAUCAAGCGGUUAAGAUUAAAAUCGAGCGGCAAGAAGGAGAAGUUUCGGCUAAAUCACGAGAAGAUUUAACCAGACUAAAAGCGGAUAAAACGCUUCAAAAAUACAAAGACGAUAUUCAAAAGCUCGAGAAGGAAAUCUCGUUAUUGCGACUGAAAUCAGACUCUUCGAAAAUAGCUGCGUUAAGGAGAGGCGUGGAUGGAAUCGGAAGCUAUGCUAGUAAGUUAUCCGACGUUUCCGUAACGCAAACUCACACGCCUUACGUACCUGAAACCGUUACUGAUACCGUUAGUAAAACGGUUACCGGAGGUGUGAAACGUGAACGGGAAUGUGUUAUGUGUUUAUCGGAAGAGAUGUCGGUUGUGUUUCUCCCUUGUGCGCAUCAAGUGGUUUGUACAAAGUGCAACGAGCUUCAUGAAAAACAAGGAAUGAAGGACUGCCCGUCUUGUAGAGGACCCAUCCAACAACGCGUAUCUGUACGUUAUGCUCGUUCUUGAUUCGCUAUACCAAAAUAACGAGGUUUGUUUUCUCUUUCUGUUUCUGAUAUGAUUUACUUGUUUAUGAACCGAGCCUGCUAUUAUAAGUUUGAAAGAAGUGAAGAGAAGAAAGAAAAACAUUGUCUUAUAUGGGAUUUUAUGUGAUGAUUUCCCUUGAGUUAAGUUAAUAAAACCAACCGACGUGUUUACUUAUUGAUUAUCGAUUUAGGUUAUGUAUU